AUGAAUCCUUUCAGUACAAAUAGAACGAUAGAAGAAAUUCUCGCGAGAUCAUUCAAUGUCAAUAUAUUUGAUCAAACUCUUGUCCCAGAUAAAACCUUUUCUUGGUUCACCCUCGUAGUUGACGGGUGGGCAUCUUUUGGUGUCGCUUUCCUCGGGAUAUUUACCAACGCUCUCACCAUAGCCGUCUUUACCCGAAUGGGAUUCAAGGAAACCGUAAACAUCACCAUGACAACCAUAACCUUCUGGGAUAUGGUCCGAGUGCUUUGUGGCUCCAUUCACAGGUGCUACAGCCUCAUCGCCCUGGUGUCCGAGUCUCUGGGCAGAUCUUGGCAGAACAUCACCACCACAAACCUGGUCUACUUGCACAACAUCGCCAGCAACAUUGCCUACGCCCUGGGCAGCUACGUUGCCAUAGAGAGAUGUCUAUGUGUACGCUUUGCCCUUAAAAUCAAACGAAUGUUGUCGCCAAUGGUAACACUUAGCAUCUGUGUUACUGUAUCCAUUGUUGUAUUCGCCAUGUUUUUUCCAUCAAUGUUGUUUUUGAAUUACCGCUGGGUUAGUGCCCCUGACAGUGACCAGCCAGUAGCCAAGUAUGAGUUCUCUGACUUUUAUAAACUUAAUAUCAAAAGUUACGUAGAAUUUUACCAGUACAUCAAUUUUGCCUGCCCGAUGGUCAGUUUGGCCACGAUGGUCAUCAGCAGCCUGGUCAUUUUAUUCCAACUGAGAAAAGCAUCCAAGUUCCGAGCGAGAAGUCAACUGCACGAAGCGAAAGUAACAGUACGAGAUGGUCAAGUGGUCAAAAUGUUACUUGUGGUCAUCGCUUCCUAUAUUACAGUGCUACUGCCAAGGCUGUUCAUCUAUAUCGCUGAACUCGUUGUACCAGAGUUUUUCGUGUUGAAAUAUUACAACAAUAUUUUUGGCGUUGCAGUGUAUCUAGUCUUCCUUCUGGAUUUCAUUAACUCCUCCGUAGGAAUACUGAUCUUCUAUUCGAUGAGCACAAAGUUUAGAAAAAAUGUUAAGUUGUUGUGGACUUCGAUAUUACAUCCGCGACAGCAAAAAGAGCACAUUUUAAAUUUAAAUCAUGCAAAUUGA